AUGCACAGAAGAAAGCUCGCCAAAGGAGGCGAGACCAGACCCGGAAUCGAGAAGAGAAAGCAGCAACACAUUCGAAACAGCAAGAGAAGUUUGAAUUCCCUCUCAUGGCAACUGGCUCAGUCAAUGAAAAUUCUCUUCCCCCUUCACUCCAUUCGCCCUCUUCCACUGGAAGUUUUCCUCCGUUCAUGUCCACGCCAGGCACCUCUGACCCCGCAACUACAUAUCCCCCCCAGCUCACUGUGGGUACCUGUCUCCAACGAGAGUUCGAUUGAUAUUCAGACUCACUUUAGCUUCUGCAAAGAGUUUGUAGACCUUGAACUGUUUAGCGAGGACGAAAAACAAGUGAUUCAGACGGCAGGGAUUCGCGGCAAGGAACGCGUGGAAAGCCGCGACAGGGACCGGGAUCGGGAAUCUCAGCAACACUUGUUCCACGUAGUCGGUAUGGAAACUCCCAAAGAACAGACGUCUCCAGAAACAUAUUUGUCCUCGCUCAUGGAUAACGAUUCGGUAGUUGUUAGUGCAGUCAACCCCAGUACACGUUCCAUGACUUCUUUCACUCCACCAUCUCCAUCCAGCACCCACCAUGAAACCAUCACACAGACACCUUCGAGAAAUCGCUCCAGUUCAUUGAACUCAACCUGCACAAAAAUGAAAGAUGAUGUCCUAGAAGAUCCCUUUCACACAGAAUGGACAGCUUUAAGUUGUCCAAACCUGGCAGCAAACUCUCAAAGUUUCCCAGGUCCCGUCGCUUCGGCUCUCAUAUACAUCUUGCGGUCUAUCCCAAUGAACCAAGGGAUGACCGAAGAUUCCAACAGAUACCAAGCGUUAACAAAGCCACCAGAUGGGAGCUUCUUCAUUGACUUGAUGUACCAUCCCCUCACAUGCCGGCAAAGUGGAUGUGAAAAGGUCUGCAAUCUGUACGAUGGAUCAACAGUGAUCUGCCCAUGUUGUGGGCCAUACUCAAAAACCAGAUACUGCUGCAAAAAUCACCUCUUUCUUGAUCUUCAAAGCCACUGGGGCUCUGGAAAAUUGACCUUCGAUCGAUAUUGCGUUUCAGAUUCAAUCCCCCUCGAUGUCCGCGAAGGCAUCCCGCUGCUCAUCAAUAUUCAUGGCUGGAACACCCCCCAACGCCACCGACAGGCUGUGUGGUUCAACAACUCUCAUAAUACAGGCGAUUAUUUCGUGUUCGACUACAGUGAUCCCGAGCCCAUGGGGCGGGCUAGCCCGAACGCACAGCAAAGGAUGUCCGUCCUCCCACUCUAUCUCAUCAAGUUCGACGACCCUGAGGAAAGAGACCGAUUCCGCAGAUUUCUGGCCAUAAGUCUCUUUGCCCCCGUGACCAAUCCCAAAUUGGUCGAGUACUUCUUUCGUCUGGUGAGGGAUAAGAUGAAGAGGCUUCGUCUAUGGAAUAGAUACAACGCAGCCCUUGUGCAGAACCAGGUAUUCAGAGAAACCGGGCUCGAUUUCCCCUCUCAUAUCGUGGGGCCCAAACACGCCUGCUACGCAGAAUGGAAUGGCAACAACCCCAAUCACUGCAGCCAUGCUCCCUGUUCCAAUGAGCGUCUUCAAUCUCUGCUGGGGGACCAAAGAACGAGAGUUUUCCACCGGUUGGAAUGCGAGCGGUUGGAAAACCUGCACUGGAUCUUGCGUGUUAACCGAACUACUCACCCAACGGUGAGUAAGGCGCAAGAUCGUAUGCGGGGCGAAGGGUGGCAUGACGUGCUCCCCGAGCAUCGACGUCUUUUUCGCCGCGGUGAAGGGUUUGAAGGCGCUGGGUCGGGUCCGAUGGAGGUUGAGGGGAUGAACUGCUGA